CAGCUUGCUCAGCAUCACUCAACACGACGCCCGACGCUCUGUUCGCAGCCACAACGUCCCAACUGCGCAUGUACCCACCUUUGCCUGCUUAGAUCGCGCCGUCUUGUCUUUCUCGCUGCCGCCACAUCGCUUUUGAACUUGUCGACUGCUGUGCUCGCUGUCCCUACUUCCUCGACGUCGCGCGUUAUGGGCAGCGAUGCCACCGAAGCCGCCCUGGGCUUGCUCGGUCUCAACCACGCCUUUGACCCCAUUCCCACCGUCCCUCUGAAACGCAAGCAGCCGUCGUCGUCGCCCUCCACCCGCAUCACAGACGCAGACCAGGCCUCCGCGAGCUCAGACUCCAUCAGCUGCAUCUGCGGAUUUGCGUACGACGAUGGCUUCUCCAUCGGCUGUGAUUCAUGUUCUCGCUGGUGCCAUGCCGCCUGCUUUGGCAUCGUCGAGUCAGAGGUCCCCGACGAAUGGCAGUGUUGGGUCUGUAGUCCUCGCCCCAUCGACAGAGACCGUGCCGUUCGUCUGCAGAAGGCCCGUCAGAGGAUCAUACUCCAGGCAGAGGCUGAAAAGAAGCGUAGAGUCAGUCCAGGAGUUGAAAGGAGGGUCCGCAAGGUCAGCGGCUUGGGCGUAGACGGUUCAGGCCCCAGCAAACGCAAACGGCGACCGUCGAUCCACGUCAACGUGCACCAGACCGCCGAGGAUGAGCACAUCGAUAUCGACGAGCCCUCUGCGUAUAGCUAUUUGCCCAUUGAGAAAGACUUUGUUCCCGAACGCGAGACUCGCGACAAGCUGCGCCGUCUCGCUUCCCAGUGGCGAGGUGUAACCGCUAUCGAUCCCACCUCCUCCUCAUCGACGUCGCCCAUCACCACUCCCGCUACCUUCGGCCCCGACUCCCUCCCUUCGACACCGCACAUCACUCUUCGCCCGCUCUCCAAAUCGUCAUAUCAUCCCUUUCUCUCCAUCCACACCGAUCCCUCCAUCCGUCCGCCCGCCUACGCCGCUCAUGCAUCGCGCCCAAUCGCAUCCUCCGACAUCAUCACGCCCUUCAUAUCCACCAUCACACCUUCCUCCGCCUAUCUUUCCGAUCCCCUCAACUCGUACGCUCACCUCAGCAUGCCCAAACCGUUCGUGCACCUCCUCGGUCCCCCACUCGAUCUCGCCCUCGACGCGCGCUUGGCAGGUAACCAAGCGCGCUUCGUGCGCAAUGGCUGCCGCCCAAACGCGGUCCUGCGCCCGAUGAUUUGCUCGCGGUCAAAGUCUCAUUCAGAUCAUCGCGUGCCACGAGAUAUUACGCCAGACGAGGAGGACGCUCUGACGUUCGGGAUCUUUGCGCUGCGAGACCUGAAAGCGAACGAGGAGGUCGUGUUGGGUUGGGAGUGGGAUGAUGGGAGCGUCAUUCACCACUUACCGGCUUUGAUUGACAGUCCACACAUCUUUCCCCCACAUCAGCUGCAACACUUUCGGCAACAGCUCACAUCUAUGCUGCACGCCCUUUCCUCCACCUUUACCACCUGCGCAUGCGGCUCCAAGUCUCGCGACUGCGCGCUCAUGCGCAUGGCGGAGUUUAUCGACCAACAAACACCUCCCACGCCAUCGCCAUCGCCACCGUCAGCGUUCGCUUCAGAGGGAGAGUCGUGGAAUUCUGCGUGGGAGAGGUCACGGAGACCGAGCGAAAGUGAUGAGGAGCGGGAGAUGAGCAGGCGGAAGCGGACAGACUUAGGCCCACUGAUCGGCGUCGAGCGGGGGUUUAGGACGAGGGAGCGGGUGAUGUGGAGUGGAGGGAUGACCGGCGUCGAGAUGAUCCCGUCUCCGCGCGAUACGCAUGUGCCCAUGCUGCAGGAGCCUACCGCGCGCGGCACACAUGCAGGUAAGCAUCCGGAUGAACGCGCCGCAUUGGGCAAGGCGGACGUCGCAUCUGGCACCUCCAACUCCUCGUCGAGAGGCGAGCCAUUAGCAACAUCUGCACCCAAACGCCGCAUGAAAGAUCGGAAGGGAAAAGCGCGUGCGAUCGAGGAUGACGAAGGAGAGAUGCGCAGUGAAAGGUCUACAAUUGCCUCUCAUCGCCAGCACCUGACCCCUCCAGCCUCGUCGCCCGAGCCAAUGUCAUCCGGCUCCGAGUCCGAAGACAAGCUGCCACCGAAGAUGCGCAAGGGCUGGAUACACAAGAGCUACGAGGCGCUGCGAGAUGCGCAUCUGAAGGACAGAGCAGACAUGCCUAUCGGGGCGAUCCCAUCGAGUAGUGGCAAGCUACAGGAAGGGGCAGAGCGCAUGAAUGUCGAUGAGCAUGCGUUUGAUCCAAAAGAGAUGCCUCCUCCACCUGUGCCACAAUCGCAAAGCCUGCAUGCCGUCCACACCUCUCCUCUCCCAUCAUCUCUCUCCUUUCCCCAAAAACUCGUCAAUGAUGGCCAACUCUCUCCCUCCAUACCCUUCUCCAAACUCUCCCUUCUGUCUCCUGUCAUACCCGGCCCAUCGUCCUACUUCGCUGCCCAUCGUCGCACAGCUUCUCCGCCUGAGCAUUCACGGCUACAUACUGUCGAGUCGGUGUUGUCGCAAGGGAACCUCGCUGAAGCACAGUCAGAACGGACACAUGAGGAUGUGGCCCACUCAGAAGAGAGUGCGUCGCCUACGCACGUCACUUAUUCGCCAUCUUCUGAAUCUCGAGCUCUAUCAACGCCUGCUUUUGAACCCAAACGCACUCCUGCGGCGUUGUCACCUGAGAUGUUCACUACGCCACUCUCGCGUUCAGAUAUGGCCUCGGACAGAGUUGCGGAGGCACAGAAUGUCGCUAUGACUCGGGCCGAUGUUCGUGCUUCUCCUCCGAGAGAGUCUUCUUCAUCGAAGAGUGCAUCGCAUGCAGACGAGAGCACACCACAUGCUGAGGAUGCCGCUACGUUGCAUCCACAAGCACAGGACGUCAACAUGUCGAGCACCGAAGGCAUGCAGCCACCUCCACCACCAUCAUCAACCCCACCGCCGGCAGCCCCUCCUCCACCGCCGAAGGUGAAGAUGUCACUGAAGGACUUUGCCGCUAUGCGGAAGCGGAAGCGGCAGGAGGACGAGAUGGCAAAGGCGGCAGCCUCGCCGGUGGCCAGUGUGGUGCCGUUGGACAAUGCGGGCAGCUUGCAGCCUGUCGUGGCGCCGCCUCAGCAUGGUGAGGAAUCAAUGUCUCAUGUGGACGCGAGCACCGCAGAAUCUGCCUUUAAGGCAGUUUCCGAGCAUGUGCCGUCAGUGCCUGUACCUGGAGAGUGCUUACAAGAGCAGGACUCGGAUCGGUUGGUAGGCACUCAGACUGUGCUCGUGCAGCCGGACCAUCCUCAUCCGUCGAUGGAGGCCAAGAUCGAGCUGCUUGAAGCAGCUGUACCUAACCCUGCUGACAGUCUCCUACCCCAUAUACCGGAACUUCCCUCCGCCAGUCCAGCUUCAUCUCUGCGCAAGGAGGCUGCGCCAUCAGAAGCAAACAGCUCUACCGGUAAGACUCCAAAGCUGUUCCCCCGUCUUUGCAGUCCACAAACACCACCUUUGAACUCAUCAACGCCAUUUCGCAAGUCCAGUCCUGUACGUCCCGUCGAUCGGCAGGUGUCGCAGGAGGACGGCGAGAUAGUCAGCCUGCCCGCACUGCCAAAAGCGCCCCGCCAGUAUUCUCCCCCGACCCACCCACGGUCAUUCAACGGUAUCGUAGCUCCUUAUGUUAACCUGAACGGUAUCGGCCCUCCUCAUGUUAACCUGAACGGUAUCGUCUCUCCUCAUGUUAACCUGCCAUCUGCUCCUAUUCGGCGCCCGCUGUACCCCGCACCUCACCGAGCUGUACAAAAUACGUCUCUUCCAUCUCGUCCACUGCCGAGCGGUCCCCGUGCGCUCCGAGCGCUCAACUUUCCGUCCUACCCCACUCCUCCGCCCGUGAACCGGCUGCCCGUGGGCUCCAUUCCUCGUGGGCCGUCUGCAGACCGAGAACGCAUGGACUGGGAUCGCGACAGGGGCUGGGCGGGGUCGUCUCGGGGACGGGGACGGGGAUGGAGCGUGAGUGGUGGCCGGAUAUGCUGACUAUGACUGUGACUAUGACGAUUGCUUUCCGGUCUGAUUGAUUUCGUUCUUGUUCGUUCUUAUUGUGUAUCUGUGCGUAUGAUAUUGUUGUCGUGUGUCGAGUAAUCCUGUAGCCUGAGGCUGUGUAUCUUGCAGUAUCUCUAUCAUUAUUGUCCUUGCAGCACUAGAUAGUGUCAAAUCGGACAAUUGGUACUAUUAGUAAAUAACGAGCUUCGUGGCCGCAUGCAGUACCGUUUUCCUUGUAAUUGCUCUCUGACAAGGGCUUGAUACCGGUCCUUCGGAUGAUCCAACUUGUGCACUGCUCGCGUUCAUGUUACUCGGCCUUGAUCGAU